AUGCCUGCCGCGGGGCGCCGCUGGCUGCUGCUCUUCUUGUGCCUCACCGACGCCCAGUUGUCCUUCCAAAUCACCCCUCCUUGUAACAGCGAGCAAUAUUAUGAAUACAUGGGGCGCUGUUGCAUGAAAUGUGAGCCAGGAAAGUACAUGUCGGUAAAAUGCACUGCCAGUUCGGAGACUGUAUGCCAGACCUGUGGCCCCAACGAAUACAUGGAUAUCUGGAACGAAGAAGAAAAGUGCUUGCUGCACAAAAUAUGUGACCAUGGGAAAGCUUUAAUAGAAGUGCACCCGGGAAACAGCACGUUCCAUCGACUGUGUGCUUGCACAGCUGGCUACCAUUGGAACGAAGACUGCGACUGCUGUCGGCGAAACACAAAAUGUCCUCUGGGCUUUGGAGUGAAGUAUCCCAUACAAGAGGACAAGGACGCCGUAUGCCUACCAUGUCCUGCGGGGUAUUUUUCUAAUAUCUCUUCCUCGACUGAGGACUGUAAAUCCUGGACGAACUGUACGGCAUUUGGGACUGAGGAGAAAAUUCCUGGCACUGAUCGGUCUGAUGUGGUUUGUGAGCAGCUUCUGAAGAGUAUAGAUUCACGAGACGAAACAAACCAAUUAUUUUAUAUGCUGCUUGCUCCACUCCUCCUAGUUGCCUUGGUCGGCAUUGCUGUCCUUGCCGUGUACUAUCGAAAUAAGAGGAAAGUAUGGACAGCAGAUCUGCAGUACUGGGUGAACGAAAUCUGCACGCAAAUAAAAGGGACAAAGGAUCCCCCUGCGGAAAUGUUUGUGAACACAAACAUGGCAAGUCUUUCAGGUCUUUUGCCAGGAACUUACCUGCUGCACCACGAUGCAUACUCGUUUUCUGACGAGCAGUGUUCCCCCACGGAUCACGUCGUGUGCGAGAAAGCCGCCAUGGACGCGGUUCACUAUGAAUCGGAAGAGGACUUCCCGAUCCUGUCUCUUGAGAGCAAGACAGAAAACGACCACCUUCGUCAGAUCCCCAUGGAAGAUGAGUAUUUGGACAGAAUCCUCCUUGGCCGCAAUUACCUGCCGCAACUGAGUCAGCCUGACAGCACGCCUGCAUUGCUGUUCUCGGAGCCCCUGGAAGUGGGGGAGAAUGAUAGCUUAAGUCAGUGCUUUGCAGGAACUGAAAGCCUGGUCGAAUUAUCGGACUGCUGCUGCUCCGACCUUUCGUGUGGAGCAGGCCCUCCUCGUGCUUUCUCUGACAAAGGCACACUGCCUUCUGGCCAUCCCUGUGGCUGUAACAAUGCAGGGAAUAUCGAGAGCCUAGACACCCUGACAACACCUGUGGUGACAAACUGUUGUCCUGCCUGUGGCAUAGCACCUGGAGAAUCUCCCAGAAAAUGUGGCAGCGCUGCAGAUUCUUCUAAAAAGGGUGGACCUUCCCCACAAUGCACUUGUGCCUUGGACUCUUCCUCCACGAAUCAGAAUGCUCCGACAAGCGAUCCUAGUGCCGCAGGGGAGCCGCCUGACGAAACCGAGGCAAAGCAUCAGAAUGCAAAAAGAAACAACACUGGUUCCAACUGCGGUACUUCAGAUCCUCCAGCUGCAUCUGGAAAUGUGACUGGAAAUAGUAACUCUACAUUCAUCUCAAGCGGACAGGUCAUGAAUUUUAAAGGCGACAUCAUAGUUGUCUACGUUAGUCAGAACUCCCAUGAGGGUUCGGCGUCUCCUGGGGUGACGGAGGACAACUUGGGCAGUCCGGUGCAAGAGGAAAACUUGAACCGCUGUGAGACAUUUGCGGGCAAUGUUCCCCAGUAUAAGGAAAAAAUUGCAGAGAUGGAUUCCUGCCACAGCACUGAAAGCGAAGGAGGAACUGGCAGCGUUGGAGAGUACAAGCGAACUUCGGGGCCGGUAGUUCAAGAAGAGAAUCAAGACUGUCCAAACAGAAAACAGUUUGGUAAUGAAGCCUCUCAACCUGUACAAGAGGUGGGGAGACCGGAACAGUUUCUAGAAAAUGUAUUGCACUGAUAGAAAUGUCUGCUUGCUGAUUUCUAGCAAUGGGAU